CGGGCGGCCCCCUCACCGCUCGUACUCCUUACGCGCCGGCCUCAAAAUGGCCGCCGUCUGGCGUCUCUGGCGCUGUUGAAUGAAGAAAGCUUUAUUGUUCCCUUCGGGCAGGAGUGUUCAUGUCCUCUAUGGCGCUGUCAAUAAAGAACGGCAGUUUGAAUCGGUGCUGAACAGAGAGGCAUUGGAUUUCCACAAAUACAGACUUCAGAGCCUGGCUGCCAGAGUUUGGACCCCAGCUCUGCCACACAUUUGUGUUACCCUAGGAGACCGCACUGAUCCUCAACGGAGUGGGUCUGGAAGAAGUCCUGGGGCAGAGCGCAGGCCAUGGAGCUCCCCAACUACAGCCGACAGCUGCUGCAGCAGCUCUACACUCUGUGCAAGGAGCAGCAGUUCUGUGACUGCACCAUUUCCAUCGGCACCAUUUACUUCCGGGCCCACAAGCUGGUCCUGGCUGCCGCCAGCCUCCUGUUCAAAACACUGCUGGACAACACAGACACCAUCUCCAUCGAUGCGUCUGUUGUGAGCCCCGAGGAGUUUGCCCUCUUGUUAGAAAUGAUGUACACUGGCAGACUACCUGUGGGCAAGCACAACUUCUCCAAAAUCAUCUCUCUGGCCGACAGCCUGCAGAUGUUCGAUGUGGCCGUUAGCUGUAAAAAUCUUCUGACCAGCCUUGUGAACUGCUCUGUUCAGGGUCAGGUGGUGAGGGACGGCUCCGUACCAUCCUCAGAGGCAUUCAGGAAGGAACCAGAGAAGCCUGACAUAGAAGUCCUUGCCUCUGAGGGCACUGCAGACCCUCGCCCUUCCCUGGAGGCUUCUGCCCCUCUAGGGAGCCGUGUGAAAGCCGAGGCUGAGGACGCAGUUGAUAUGGUUGCGGGAGAGAUGAGUGCGGGGCCUUCCACUGCCCAAGGGAUGCAGGGGAACACAGACACCCCGGGGCAGACUCCUCGUCUCUCUGAAGUUUGUUCCCCCUCCCCUGCUGUACAAGCCUUUAGAGAGGCAAAGGAGGCCAGCACGGAGCCAGAGUAUGAGAGGAAACAGCAUCAGCUGAAAUUUCUUCUAGAGAAUGAAAGUGUCUUCUCUGAUGCACUCUUGGUUACCCAGGAUGUUUUAAAAAGACUAGAAGAAUGUUCAGAAAUUAAAGGUGCACAAGAGGAGACUAUAAUGGGAUGUCUUGAGGGUGAAGAAGGACACUCAGCAUUCCAGAGAAUCCUGGAUAAAGUCAGAGAUGAGAGCUUGGACGUUCAGACUGUUGUGUCACUGUUGAGGCUGUGCCAAGAUUCCAAUCCCGCAGUAAAGAGAGCGUUGUUAGACGGAAAGGCGAAAGGUGUGGAUGCAGUGCGGCCAGAAGGGAGCACAGAGGAGGAAAAGACCUUGUCUGCUCUGUUACUAGAACACAAAGAGGACCUGAUCCAGGGUGUCACACAGCUGAGACCUAUCCUGGAGUUCCUGGAAACAGCCACGGAGGAAUUCCUGCCUGACACUGAGAAAAGGGUGAUCAUGAAUUGCUGCGAGGGCGGAACACCCAAGGAGACGAUGGAAAAGCUGCUGCACAGAAUGUCUGAAGACAGGACUGUGACUGCAGAGAGUUUGGUAAAGCUCCUUCAGGCUGUGAAACCUGCGUCUCCGAACUUGGGCCUUCUGCUGGAGAAUUUGCAGAGAUUAGCCACCUCGCAGGGCACCACAGUCCAAGCAAGCCCUGAUGAUUAUGGGACCGAGCUUUUGAGACGGUAUCAUGAAAACCUCUCGGAGAUUUUCACAGACAACCAGAUAUUACUAAAAAUGAUCUCACACGUGAAGGGUUUAGCCUGUGGAGAAAGAGAGGUCAUGGAGAAGCUCAUGAAACGUGACUCUGGCUCGGGUGGUUUCAGUUCUCUGAUGUCAGCAGUUCUAGAAAAGCAGACUCUCUCUGCAAUGGCCAUUUGGCAAGUGCUGCUGGUGGCUCAGGAGACCAAGACCUGCCCGCUGAACCUGCUGAUGGAGGAAAUACGGAGAGAGCCUGGUGCCGAUGCCUUCUUCCGGGCAGUGGCCAACCCAGAAAGUGCAGCUUUGGAAGCCAUCCUGAGGCAUCGCAGACUGAUCCUAGAGGCCAUCCAGCAAGGGACGGGAGUCAAGGGCCUUACCGUGGAGGAGGAGCUGCUGGCAGAGGCUUUGAAGGAGAUUCUGAGCAUUUCCUCGGAGACGGCGAGCCCUGAAGCUUCCCUGAAAGUAGUGCUGAGCAGAGCCAUGGAAAAAUCCGUCUCGGCCAUUGAAAUAUGUCACCUCCUAUGCACCGUGCACAGAUCUUUCCCAGACCUGCAGCCCGUCAUGCACGAGUUAGCACACGCUGGCUUCCUUACCCAGGAAAGUGGAGGGAGGGAGAGGUGGAAGGUGAGCACUAAGUGUCACCGCAAAGCCGACAGCAGAGCAGACGAGAAGGUAGCCGAGCCAGCGGAGGAAGGCUGCCAGUCUGGGAAACAGAGCAGUCCAGGAGAGACUGGUUCCUUGCCAGAGAGACAAGAGAAAGACACGUCUGCCUCCUCCGACGCUGCCAAGAAGAGCUUCGUGUGUAAGGCCUGUGACAAAAGCUUCCACUUCUACUGCCGUCUGAAGGUGCACAUGAAGCGCUGCCGGGUGGCCAAGAGCAAGCAGGUGCAGUGUAAGGAGUGCAACGAGACCAAGGAUUCUAAGAAGGAGCUGGAAAAGCAUCAGCUGGAGGCCCAUGGUGCAGGAGGAGAUCCCGAUAUCCCAAAGAAGAAGAAGAAGAGGCUGCCGGUGACAUGUGACCUCUGUGGGAGAGAGUUUGCCCAUGCCUCAGGCAUGCAGUACCACAAACUGACAGAGCACUUUGACGAGAAGCCUUUCUCCUGUGAAGAGUGUGGGGCCAAGUUCGCGGCCAAUUCUACCCUGAAGAACCACCUUCGCCUUCACACGGGGGACCGCCCGUUCAUGUGCAAGCACUGCCUCAUGACCUUCACCCAGGCUUCCGCCCUGGCCUACCACACCAAGAAGAAGCACUCGGAAGGGAAAAUGUACGCCUGCCAGUAUUGUGAUGCUGUGUUCGCCCAGUCCAUUGAGCUGUCCCGCCACGUGAGGACCCACACUGGGGACAAGCCGUAUGUCUGCAGGGACUGUGGCAAGGGCUUCCGGCAAGCCAACGGCCUGUCCAUCCACCUGCACACCUUUCACAACAUCGAGGAUCCGUACGACUGCAAGAAAUGCAGGAUGAGCUUCCCCACGCUGCAGGACCACCGCAGGCACAUCCACGAGGUGCACUCCAAGGAGUACCACCCCUGCCCCACGUGUGGGAAGAUCUUCAGCGCCCCCUCCAUGCUGGAGCGCCACAUGGUGACCCACGUCGGCGGGAAGCCCUUCAGCUGCGGGAUCUGCAACAAGGCCUACCAGCAAUUGUCUGGGUUGUGGUACCACAAUCGGACCCACCACCCUGAUGUGUUUGCCGCUCAGAACCAUCGAUCUUCCAAAUUCUCAUCACUGCAAUGCAGCUCCUGUGACAAAACCUUUUCCAACACCAUUGAACACAAGAAGCACAUCAAGGCAGAGCAUGCAGAUAUGAAGUUCCACGAAUGUGACCAGUGUAAAGAGCUCUUCCCCACACCGGCCUUGCUACAGGUCCACAUCAAGUGCCAGCAUUCAGGGUCCCAGCCGUUCCGGUGCUUGUACUGCGCAGCCACCUUCCGCUUCCCGGGAGCGCUGCAGCACCACGUCACCAUGGAGCACUUCAAGCAGUCCGAGAGCACCUUCCCCUGCGAGCUCUGUGGGGAGCUCUUCACCUCCCAGGCCCAGCUGGAUGGUCACUUGGAAUCCGAACACCCCAAGGUGAUGGGCUCUGAACCCCAAGCGGCAGCUUCCCAGGUGGUACAGGUGAUCCAGGCCCCAGAGCCGGCGGCCCCGACGGAGCAGGUGAUCACUUUGGAGGAGACCCAGCUUGCUGGGUCACAGGUGUUUGUGACAUUGCCAGAUUCGCAGACCUCUCAGACCAGCUCUGAGCUUGUGGCAGUGACCGUGGAGGAUUUGCUCGAUGGCACUGUGACCCUGAUCUGUGGCGAGGCCAAGUGAGUGGCUGCUCAUCCCAUGGAGGGUCCUGCAUUUGCAGCAGAGAACGUUCUGUGGCCUGCAGUUUGCCCUCCGUCCCUGGCUGUCCCGAGUAGCGAGCUUCGUAGCCUGCACCAACCGAGCGCACUCACUCUGUUCUCAGAGAACCAGCGGUGUUGGUGUCUUUGGCUCGGACACUGCCGCCCUCCCCAGGGGACAGGCCUCCUUCCCACAGGCCUCCCGCUGUGGCCUCUGUGGUGAGCAGUGGGGUGGGAGUGGUGACCAGGCCAUCAGAGAGGUGCCGCGCGCUGGCCACCUUCACUGUGCAGAAUGGCAGGCAGCCGUGGGCCUACGGUCCACACACUGGGGCUACCAAUGCUGCCGGGGCCUCCUGGCCGUUUAGAAAUGAGAGAAAAGCACCAACACACCAUACAGAGACCGCCGCCCCCACCCCCGGCCGGAGCACACUGGACUCCUUUCUCACUCCCCGCUUCGGCGGCCCGGCCCUCUCCUGGUGGCGGGAGAACAGGAAGCAGAGCAUUAACACAGGCCGAGUCCCACCUCGUCAGUACAGUUCGCCCUUCCCCAAACCAAGCCUUGCAGGGUUUCUGCGAUACACUUCGUGUGCGGCCAUGCAGCUGCGGAGACAAGCCCUGCCCUUCCAGGAUCUUCUCUGCGGUGUUCUGUACCCGAGGGCUGUCCCUGCGGCCUUCCGUGUUCUCCUCAAAGCCAAGACUGUCGGCCGCUUGCUCUGGAGCCUGGGGCAUGGCCCAUGAACCAGCGCCAGUGCCCGGUGCCGGGGCGCUCAGGCUCCUCCUCCCGCCACGUUCUCGAUGCCUUGGGAGUGGCCUGCUGGCCGCCUCUUCCAGGCGGCGGCUGUUACUGCAGGCUAGUGAUCCUUCGGAGUCUGAAUUUCACAAAGCUUUUUUAUCUUCAGUUCCUAAAAUAUAAUCUGAUAAUUAAUGGUUUGUGGAAUCCAUUAUGAAGUGCAAUUAGAUGGAUGUAGGUUCCCACCGUUCGGAGGGAAUGACUAGCAUUUAUCUUCCUUUCCCUGGUGCCAGAAGGUCACAGUCUGCUCGUGAGUGGCGUGUUUACACACCAAGCAGGGCUGCCUGCCCCCUCGCGCGGCUUCUUCCUUGGCAGGGGUGGUGCACAUUUCAUCACUCACCCUCCGGCUGGGGGCUGGCAGAGGACACGCUCGCGCCGUCUUUCCGAGCACAUUUCACGUCCCCAGGUACAAGCAGGGACCAGGGGUCAGUUUGGGACACGGUCAGGACUUUGCUGGCCUCCGCACGCCGCUGGUAGGACCAAAGGCAGAGCCCUGCCACCGCCCGGCGUGGCUGCUGCGGCCGUCUGUCCACCUGUGCGCAGGGGCUGAGUUCCAGCGCGGGCCCGCACGCUGGGCAGCUCCCUCCUCCCGCCUCCACUUGUGUCCUCAUCUUGAUCUGCGCGUCAGCUUGAGCUUGUCAGCUCAGGGAUCUUUCCAUUCUGGAGCAAAUGAAGUUUUCAAAGGCAAGUCCUCAGAAGCCGGAACCUGACCAGAAGAUGGUGCUCAAACCUUGAAGACGUGGCCUCCACGCGCAGCCCUCACUGCUCCUGCCGCCGCUGGCUUCUCUUCAGGUGGUGCGGUCUGGGGGCUGUUGGACCUGGAGAGCUCAUGACCAGCAAGGGGCAGAGGGCGCUGGGUCUCCCCCUGGCACCAGAGGAAAUGCUCUGGAAGGGACCAGCGUGGCCCGGCCCCGCCGACUAGUUGAGGCUCUGAGGCGGUGGGCAGGGACUGCAUCCUCAGAACUGCUUGCAGCCAAAAGACAAAUAAAAACUUAAUUGCUAAGGGCUCGUAGGGGAAAGUGAUUUUUUUUUUUUCAGAAGUCUCAUGAUGAAAGAAAGCUGUAAGUUUUUAAACCAAGUUUCAGAUCCUUUCAAGUCCCGAGAACUCCUUGCUUGGGUGUCCAAUGGAGGGCACACGUUUGCUGCGUAAUCGAGGACUAGCAGCUCCCAAGGGGGGGGCAUACAGAGAGGUGGCAGCUGCCGCCUGACAUGCCUCACCGACCCCGCGGCCCGCCAGGUGGGAGGCACAGACCCUGUGCUGCUUCCAGGGAGGAAGGAGGAAAGGUGCGUCCUGCAUUUAGCCUUUGCUCCGAGUGGACCUCUGCGGGGCACUGCACUGGUGGCAGUUUUAUAGUGUCACUUCCGAGAGGUGCCCAGGCGCGGGUUGUAUUGUAGGAAGACUUGUUCUAGCUUCACUUGGCCAUUUUGUUCUUUCCUCCCACUGCUGCCCAGGAGACCUCCGGAAUGUCUGCACAGAAGACAUUGUCAUCGUGCUCCCCUUGGUCCCCCUCACUUGCUUUCUCAUGGCAGCGAGGUCUCUGCCUUGUUGCCAUGGGUGCAUCCUGGUGGCCUCCAGGCUGAAUCCUGGGGGUAUUUGUGGUUGUGUGGAGGAGGCUGUGGACCUCUUGGAACCCCUGCCUGAAUAUGUCCAUUAGGACCCUGGACUAUCUCUGCUUCCAGAGCUUCUGAGGCAGCCGGCAAGGAAGGACAGGCAGGCAGAUGCCCAGCUGGAGUCUGAUUCUGUGGGAGUAACGGGGAUCACUUAGGGAACAGGAUUUGCCAUCCCAGGUAAGUGAGGCGACAGGAGAUGGAAGAGCAGGGGUGCCAGAGGAGGAUGGCACUGUCCCAAGGACGUGAGCAGCACCUAGCCACCGGCAGCAGAGAGGCAGAGGCAAAGGCAAAGCUCUUUACUCGUUUAGGUAAGAAAGCCUGUCUCUUCUGUCUCAAAAGAUUUAUGUUUAGAAAACUUGGAGCCCAGUAAGUAGCAAGGACUGUGCUGUGAAUGCUGGGUUCCCCCCGGUGAUCCAGACCUUCUCUGUGGAAGUGCUCUGACUCCCCUCCCGCUGACCACCAGCAUCGGCCUCAUCCCUCGGGGAGGCGCUCUGCUGGUCGGGUGCGGAGGGACAAAAUGGGGGGAAGGUCCCCUUCUCUGUUCAUGGUUUAAAUAAGUCAGGGAUACUCUCAGAAUCAAGAAGAAAGAUGAGGUGGCCCCUCAGAGAUUCUCACUGCAGGUGAUGUCAGUAACCACGCGCUGAUCACACAGCAGGGCUGUGCCUUUAAGUCUCAUGGGUCUGAGAUCUGGGAAUUGCCUAAGGAAUGGAAGAAACUGCUGACCUCACAUAGAAAGGUUCUAGGGGAUAAGGAGUGUUUGUAUUAAAUUGGGGCCAGAAAGCGGGACAGUGAUGGAGAAGUGGCUAGGACGCUUUAGUUAUUGCUCCCGAAGAAAGAAUAACAGCCUCAGCCCUCCCCACUUGGUGCACUGUUUCCCAGGGACCCUUGGGAGGCAGGGAAAAACAGGAGUAACAGGAAGAUUUGGGGUUGGAGAGGGUAUCAGAGGCAAGCUGAUGAUUGUUUUGUUGCCAUGGAAAACCUUGGGCUGGUAGGACCUGGGCCAGAAGCUCAAAGCACAGCCAGGGCUCAGAAACUUCCUCUGUGUACAGCUGUGCCUAUAAGGACGAGAGAAGCUGCCUGUGCUCUGGGAUCAUGCUGUUGAGAAAAAUUAUCCCCUGGGCUCAUUCACAUUGUGUCCAAAUCAUGGAAAUGUUCAUGGGUCGUUUCUUCUUCCAAGGCCAGCCACACCUCCCACCAGUCAGGACAGCCAGCCAGGACUUGAUGCUGUGUAAUUGAGAUAUAAACCAUUAUUUUCAUUUAACUUGCUCUAUUCUAUAUAAAUAAAAUACGUACUUUGAAAAA